UGUUGAUCACAAGAACAUACAGGUGAUGAUUUGUGGCAUGUAGUAGAGCAUCUGAUGACAUACAUAUUGGAUAUGCUUAACAUAUUACCAUCCAUUCUCGAAAUAAAUAAACAGAUAAAGAGUGUAGAUCUGGUUAAUUCAUCAGAAGCUCAUGAAUCACUUGGAUGUCUGCUUAUAAUUUGAUUUGAGAAUUAUAUCCUAUGCGGUUCCAUAUAUCUUAUUCAUCCAAAUCUACUGGCCUUCAAAGCCUUUCAAGUUUUAUGCACAUGCGAGUAAUCUAAAGGUAAAGUCGAACCAGUUCAACAUCACUGCCAAGAGGGUAGUAGACAUUUUCUAGAUGCAAAGAGCACUAAUUGUUUUUAGUUGAUUAGCUGCUGAAGAAUGUCAAUUGUUGAUGUCACUGGGAAAGAACCAUACCAUGCUCCAAAAGCAUCUUGUUAACCAGGAAUGUUUUGCUGCUCUAAGACAUCAUCAAGUAAAGCUAAGGGUGUUCCAUGUACGAAUCAAAGUGCAUAUUGCCCAUGGUGUUGUAGAUACAGCAAAUGAGCCUUUUGGUUCUGUGCUACAUGAGUAGUAUUUUUUCAUGAGCUCCAGCCAAGUUAAUUUUACUCAGAUUCGGUUUUAGUCCAUCUCUUGGAUCUUCAACUGAACCUGCCCCACCAGAGUGAUACAGACUUUGCUAGUGGGUUCUGUGACACACAUCACAAGCCCUUUUCCUGCUCUAUAAAUACCAAUCCAACAUGGCUCUUCAUAUCUCAUCAGCACCUCCUAUCUCUGCAUUCCACCACUUGCUCUGUUUCUUUUUUCACGACACUUAUCCAGAGAUGGAGUAUGCUUCUAGCUUGCAGCGCCAGCUUGCCAGCAUGAAGAAGAACCUCUUUGAUCAGGGAUACCUAGAUGAACAAUUUUAUCAGCUAGAGGAGUUGCAGGAUGAAUCCAGCCCUAAUUUUGUGGAAGAAGUUGUCACCUUGUUCUUCAGGGAUUCAUCCAGAUUGGUGGCUAACAUCGACCAGGCUCUUCAGAAGUACCCUCAAGAUUUUCGUAGGCUGGACAACAUCAUGCACCAGUUGAAGGGUAGUGCUUCCAGCAUCGGUGCUGCAAAGAUGAAGAAUGAGUGCACCAGUUUCAGAGAAUUCUGCAAUAAAGAAAACCGUGAAGGAUGCCUGAGAUCAUUUCAGAAGGUGAAGAAGGAGCAUGCCGUCCUGAAGCAGAAGUUGGAAAACUACUUCCAGUUGCUGAGACAAGAUGGUCCUGUUGACAAAGCGACUCGCUCUGGCAACUGAGAAGAGAGGCUCUCGUUCGUGAAGCCAUGCCGCCGGUGGGAGGCAUGAUGCGCGUCCACUGACCCAUUAUAAAGCCUAGAUUGUGUGAGAAUAAGCAAUGUUGUUACAGUUGAUGUUGGCUGUAGAAUGCAAAAUGGAAUCGAUUAUAUUGUAUCCUCCUCAUCUAUAUAUUAUAUAUAAUUGCAUGAGAACAAGCCAUCUCUUCUUUA